CGCUCUCGUGUCACUUUCCGCACUUCAAAUUCAAGAAAAGCACUUCAUGAUCAAUCGCAUUCUACUUUCCAAUCAAAUUUUACCUUCGGCAUGGCUUGCAGCAUCCCCUCUCGUUGCCUAACCUCUGUACUACCACACUUCACGCAUGACUCAUUCCCUUUCUUUCUUUUUCGACUUUGUCACGUUGUUUCGUGUCUGCUUCGUGUCGAUAUAUACUCCUGUGUCGCGUCCUGAAACCAGCAUUCUUUCCUGCCGUCGAAUUCUACAUCAACCAUGGGCACUCGCGGACUGCUUGGCUUUAUCAUAGUUGGCCAACGAUAUGCUUCUUACAAUCAAUCUGACUGCUAUCCCGAAGGCCUUGGAAAAGACAUCAUGAAUUUUCUUCUAAAGCUUACGCAUGAGGAUUGGGGGAAAAUGUUAGAGUUGGUGAAAGAAAUUAAGUGGGUAGAUCAAAAGGCCGAAGCUCCAGUCGAGCUCCAGGACAAAUACAUGAAGCUGGGCUAUCAUUUGACUGCUGAGAUGGCUGAAUCGAGAGAGGAGUACAUGAAGGAAGGCUAUAGCGUAUACGACGAGACGAGUGAUUGGUAUUCAUUGUUGAGGGCGGUGCAGGGCAGUAGAGCUCUUGAAGAGAUCUUGAAAGGAGAUCUGAAACAUAUGACGCAAAAUGUGGAGUUUCUCGAAGAUGGGGUAUGUUGCGAAUGGGCGUACUUUAUUAAUUUCGAGAAAAAAGCCUUGAGACUUGGGCAAAUGGACAGUUUCUGGACGAAAUUUGGCUUGAGUGGUUCAGUGUAGAUGAUGUUGAUGGAUAUAUGGAAAUUUGGAACUGGAUGGCACAUAGUGAGGAAGAUGGUGGUGAAGACAUGGUUGCUUAUCGCAACGAAGAUCAUGAGCAAAGUGGGAACCUUGAGGACGGAGUUGCAGAUCUGGA